UUGCCCUUAUGAUUUUUUUUUUUAAAUUUAUUUUGAAGGAAACAUUUUGGUCAUUUUCACCAUUGUGCACGAAAAAUCGUGCAAGAGGUGACGUGUAAAACCACACGCUUCGCGCUAGAGAGUACAAUCACGUCGCGAUAUUUUACAAGCAAAGCCCAAAACCUCUGGGUGGUCCAUAUACACCGCUUUUUUUUUUUUUUUUGUAUAAACGAGGAAGCAAGAAGAGCGAAUAAUUGAGACAAUGGCGGCACUCGACGAGGGGCUGUGGUCGUGGUGGUGGCGAACCAGCAACGACCGAGAUGCGAUUGCGAGAAACGUCCUCACUCUGCUCAUCCCUUUCCUCCUCCUCCUCCUCCCAUGGCUGCUCCACUCAAGAAGCUCCGCUCGCCUCCCUCCAGGGCCUCCCGGCUGGCCCCUCGUCGGCAACCUCCUCUCCCUGAAGCCCAACCUCCACGAACAUUUCACAGACCUAGCCGGCCGCUAUGGCCCCAUCCUCAGGGUCUACCUCGGCACCAAGCUCGCCGUGGUCGUCAGCUCGCCCUCCCUGGCGGAGCAAGUGCUCAAGUUGCACGACAAGGUCUUCGCCAAUAGAAACCCGCCUGCCAUCGCCCAGCGCUUAUCCUACGGCUGUGUGGACAUUGUCUGGACUUCUGAUGGGCCAACCUGGCGGAUGCUGCGCCGGAUCUGCGUCCGGGAGUUGCUCGGCACCACGGCCAUGGACACGCUUUACUACCUGCGCCGGCGGGACGUCCGGCAGGUCGUGGCCGACUUCUCCAAGAAGUCCGGUCAACCGGUGAAUAUAGGCGAGCACGUGUUCGUGGCCAUGAUCGGCACCGUAACGGGUAUGUUGUGGGGAGAUACGGCUGAGGAAGGGGAGGAUCUGAGGAAGGACGGCGCUCGGUUCAGGAGGUUGAUCGGUGAUCUCAUGGAGCUUUUGGGGAGGCUUAACAUAGGGGACGCACUUCCGGCGUUGGAGCGACUUGAUCUUCAAAGUGUGAACAGAGAUGCAGACACGGUGUUUGCUUACUUUGAUGGGAUUAUCAACUCCAUGAUAGAGACGAGAUCGAAGAUGGUGGAUAAAGGGAAGGAUUUCUUGGGUUGUCUUCUCAGAGUGAAGGAGGAAGGGGAUGAGAAGACGGCGCUCACCAUGGACCAAGUGAAGGCAUUACUGCUGGACAUGGUGAUCGGCGGAACAGAGACAACAUCCAGCAUGGUGGAAUGGGCAAUGGCGGAAAUGCUGCAGAAAGCAGAGACACUGAAGAAAGCACAGAAAGAACUGGAGGAGGUAGUGGGACUUGACAGCAUAGUAGAGGAGUCGGACGUGCCGAAGCUACAAUAUCUCAAAGCCGUCGUGAAAGAGACGCUGCGCCUGCACCCGGUCCUGCCGCUGCUAGUGCCCCACUGUCCUAGCUCCUCCUGCAGCGUAGGCGACUACGUCAUCCCAAAGGGCACAACGGUUUUCAUCAAUGUCUGGGCAAUUCAUAGAGAUCCUGCGUUUUGGGAUAACCCGUUGGACUUCGAUCCCGAGAGGUUUCUGCGGGAACCUCACUGGGACUUCACCGGCAAAGAUUUUCGUUAUUUUCCGUUUGGGUCGGGGAGGAGGAUAUGUGUCGGCAUGGCCAUGGCUGAGAGAAUAGUCGGCUACUGUUUAGCGUCUCUGGUACAUUCCUUCAACUGGCGCGUGCCUGAGGAAGAGAAGCUCGACCUCGCCCAGAAGCUUGGAACUGUGAUGAAGAAGGCUGUUCCGCUUCUUGCUGUUCCUGAACCAAGGUUGCCGAAGCCAGAACACUACAUAUGAAGUCAUGAAGACGAAGCAUCACGAAGCAUCAGAUGAAAAUAUAGGCUGAAUGUCUUGGGUUUGAGAGAACCCAUCAUAAAGCAGAUGAUCAUUUGAUGCGAGUGAGCUGAUGGCCGACUAGUAGCUGUAGUGGUGUCUGGACUGUGUAGUUCACUUGUAGUUGGCACUUGAAGAUUUGGAUCAACAGUAUUAUGAGGCUCGAAUGGAAAAAGUUGUGACACUGGAUCAUUUUCUGACUGAGUCUAGAUGGCCUCAUGCUCAACAACACUCGAUGAAGUUUGCCCACUCUAUAUUAUUGAGUGGUUGAAUAAUGAUGGUCCCUAGAUUUGAGUCUUUUAUUGCAUCUGGUCCUGUAA